AUGAAGUUGGCUUUGACUCUGCUUGUGCUCGCCCUAGCACCCACUGCCACAGUCAGUGGGCCACUCCAGCCGCGCUCCCGAGAACUAUUGAAGAAGUUUACUUCUCUCGUGGUCUUCGGCGAUAGCUACACCGAUAACGGUAUCCGAUCAUACAAGCCGCCAGUUGCAGCUGAGUCAGCCAAGACAAGCACCGGAGGUCGUGUAUGGCCCAGUUACAUACGCCAAUACACUGGCGCAAACGUCUACGACUACGCCAGGUCAGGUGCGGUUUGCGAUGCUGUCAUCGCAAACACUGUUCGAAACGGCGUGAAGCAAAAUCAGAUUCCUAGCUAUCUUGCGGACAAUGGCUAUGUGAGCAAUACAACCGGAGAGCCCGCCUUGGUCAACCCGCCAGAUGAAACCGUCUACGCCAUCUGGAUAGGCACCAACGACAUCGGCUACGGAGGCUUUCUCACCGAAGUACAGCCUGCGGGAAUGCCUCUGACGUAUUUGACCGACUGUCUAUAUGCACAACUUGAUCGGCUAUACGCGAUAGGCGCGCGAGUGUUUGUGCUUAUGAACAUGGCGCCUUUAGAUUUGAGUCCCUUGUAUGCUCUUCCGCAAAAUGGCGGCUCCGUUAACGCGCAGUAUUGGACCGAUAAAGCUGCUUACGACUCCAAUAUCACUCGGCCUAGCGAGAAGAUGCGCCAGUAUGUGACCAUGGUCAAUGCUGUGUAUGACUAUCAAACACCGUAUGAUGUCGUUGUCGCGGAUCGAUAUCCGCAUAGCAGAUUUGCUGUUUAUGAUGUUCAUGCCUUGAUGACUGAUAUUUGGGCGAACCCCUCGCAGUAUUUGAAUGGCACUGCACCGUACAACGUCACAAGUUCUGUCUACCGCUGUGGGAGCCCCUGUGCAUCUAAUGCUGUCCGAGAUAGCUACCUGUGGUAUGAUGAUCUUCAUCCAUCGGAGCAGACUGACCGCAUUAUUGCGCGUGAGUUUGUCAACAUCGUCAAGGGCAAAAUCUGGGCCGCCUACUAUAGUUGA